AUGGAGUACAUCUAAAAAAUGAUAAGACCAUUUACAGAUCGUUCUAAUUACUAUAUGUAGCAACCUAACUCAUUUAAGAGGAAAGAAUCAAAACACACUCAUGAUCCAUAAUAAGUUUUGUUGUAUAUCAAACAGAUCUAUUUCACUCUAUAAACACAACAGGUUAAAUUAAGUGUUCUAAUCAUUUUAGAAUGUUAACAUGUCUUUUCUUAAUCCAAAUUAUUUUUCAGAUAUCCAAUCUGAUCUCAAUCCAGAAAUGAGAGCUUAGAUGGUAUACCUCUCAUUAUAACCUUAAUAGAUAGAUGAAGUUCAUAAGUUAUGUACAUCACAUAAGGCUUAGAGAAGAACAUUCCAUUAAACCAUUUAUUUACUAGAUGUUUAUUUAAGUACAAAUAGAAUAUUUACCGCUCAAAUCGAUUCUAUAUAUAAGACAUGUUAUUUUAUAGCUUCUAAAUAUGAAGAAGUAUUUGAUUAACUUAUAAUAGAUAUAUCCAAGUCCAUUAUGGAGAUAUACAAAUGAUAGAGAUGAAAUGUAAGAGAUAUUUUAAAUUGAAAAAGAAUUACUAUCUCUAGUAGAUUUUAAAUUGGUUACAGCAUCCUCUUAUGUUUGGUUAAAUUAUUAUUGGACAAUCAUUAAUAUAGCAGAGAAAACAUAAAAUUGGUUAACUUAUUCCUUACUCUUGUUGGAUGUUGCUGUUUAUAAUAUCAAUAUUAUUAAAUAUGAACCAUCCAAAAUUGCAUGUGCUUCUCUCUAUACAAGUGCUAUAAUGUUGAAUAUAUAAAUGAAUUGGAAUAGUUUUGCAUCUCAAUUUGGACUUCAUUUCUAACAUGAGAUUAAAGUAAUCAUAAGAUUUACAAAACUUAGGAAAUAUCUAAUUUAAUUAUGAUAACAUUAAAAGAUAGUGUAAAUUUAAAAAGAGAAAUUGUAAAACAUAUGUAAUUAUAGAAAGAAAGAGAAUUCUUUUGA